AUGGUCAAGGUAACUGUCUGCGGAGCCGCUGGUGGCAUUGGUCAACCCCUUUCGCUUUUGCUCAAAUUGAACGCUAGAGUGUCCCAUUUGUCCCUAUACGAUAUCGUCAACGCCAGAGGCGUGGCCGCCGACUUGAGCCAUAUCAACACUCCUGCUACCGUUUCAGGACACCAGCCUGCAAACAAGGAGGAUAAGACGGCGUUGGUUGAGGCCUUGCAAGGUUCGGACGUGGUGAUCAUUCCUGCCGGUGUACCUAGAAAGCCAGGAAUGACCAGAGCUGACUUGUUUAACAUCAAUGCUUCUAUUGUGCGUGAUUUGGUGGCCAAUAUUGGCAGAACUUGUCCCAACGCUGCGAUUUUGAUUAUUUCCAACCCUGUCAACGCUACUGUCCCUAUCGCUGCAGAGGUGUUGAAGAAAUUGGGCGUCUUCAACCCUAGGAAGCUAUUUGGUGUGACCACUCUUGAUUCCGUGAGAGCAGAGACUUUCUUGGGUGGCCUCAUUGGCGAAAAACCAGAGACUUUGAGGGGUAAGAUUUCUGUCAUCGGUGGCCACUCUGGUGACACUAUUGUGCCCUUGACUCACAUAGACCCUAAGAUUGCUGCAAAGGUCGACAAGCUUUCUCCUCUGCAAUACAAGGAAUUCGUUCACCGUGUUCAGUUUGGUGGUGAUGAGGUUGUCAAGGCCAAGAACGGUGCUGGCUCUGCUACAUUGUCAAUGGCGUACGCUGGUUACAGAUUUGCUGAGAACAUAUUGGACUCUAUUUCUGGGCCCGGAUUUUCAUCCAAGGUGCCAGACUCCGCUUACGUAUACUUGCCAGGUUUGCGUGAUGGCGCUGACUUGCAAGCCAAAUUAAAUGAUGUCAGUUUCUUCUCCGUUCCAGUCCACUUGUUGAACGGUGAAAUCCUGGCAUUCGAGGACCCAUUGAAGCUCAAGGUCACCUCUGAGGAACAAGAGUUUGUUAAGGUGGCUUUGAAGGGAUUGAGUCUGUCUAUAGCUCAGGGCACCAACUUUGUGGCUGGCUCCAAGAUUUAG